UGGAGACUCAUUAGAUGACCAAACUUACUGAGCCAUCUACUUCUCAUCCCUACCUUCCCAAUGAAGGCUUCUUUUGAUUAUGCUAUUUAGAAAGAGAGUACAUACAUUUCCCUUUAUUUAUGUGCCACCAUAACGUUGGAUUUAUGCUCCAUUCCUUCUCAAAGAAAUAGCACUUUACAUCUUUAUAUUUAUUUUGUUUCUAUUAGGUCUUUUGAGCAAAGUCUAACGGCAUCCCCUAACAGCUUCAAUAGUCUACCAGCAUCAGAAUUCAUCAAAUAGUCUGUGCCAUUCUCAACCACAAGAACGAACAUGACCAACCGAAACAAACUGAUAGAGAUAUAUUUUCACCUUGGCCUGGAGUAUAAGGAUAUUGUAAAUAUUCUUAUUGCAAAACACAAAAUACUUUUAAGUGAAAGAACUUUGAAGAGGACCUUACAGAGACAAGGGCUUUUUCGUCGGAAAAAUUAUACCAAUCUUCAAGAAGUGGUUGCUUUCAUAAGACGAGAACUCCAAGGGUCAGGUUCUUGUCAUGGAUACAGAUGGAUGUUUGAAAAAUGCAAAUUGAAUGGUCUAAAUGUAAGAAAAGAACACGUCAGGGUUAUCUUGUCUUUGGUCGAUCCUAUUGGAACGGAAAUGCGGCGUGCAAGAAGACUAUCAAGACGGUCCUACUUCUCAAAGGGACCAAAUUAUAUAUGGCACAUGGACUCCUAUGACAAGUUGCGUCCCUUCGGUCUGUGCAUUAAUGGAUGCAUUGACGGGUUUGCAAGAAAACUAUGCUGGCUCAAUGCGUACAGGACCAGCAGUGAUCCAAGAGUUAUCGGCGGUUACUUCGUUGAAACUGUAAAAAGUCUUCAAGGCUGUCCUAGAAUUGUAAGAGCAGACCGUGGGACAGAGAACUGCUAUGUACGGGAAUUCCAGAGAUUCUUACGGCGUAAUGGAAGUGAUGCCUUUGCAGAAGAAAGGAGUUUCAUGUACGGUUCAAGCAACCACAAUCAACGGAUCGAAAGUUUUUGGGGAUUUUUGAGGAAAGAAUGCAUUGAGUUCUGGCUAGAAUUUUUCCAUGGAAUGAAGAACGAGGGAUACUUUGAUGGCACCUUUCUUGACGUGAACCUAGUUCUCUUCUGUUUCCUCGGCCUAAUCCAGGAUGAACUUGACCGGACAGCUGAUGUGUGGAAUACGCAUAUCAUUUCCCCAUCCAAGAAUGAAAAUGUACCACACGGCCGACCAAAUGUUAUGUAUUUCGUGCCAGAAUUAUAUAACACUAAAAACUACACACAGGGGAUCACUCAAGAUGAUUUAGACGAAUGUGAGGAAGAAUGUAUCUUCCGAGGAUCGAUUCCAUGCGAUGAGGACGUCUUCCGUCUUUGCAGUUUUAUCAUGGCAAAGAGACACCUUACUUUGUCACAUGAUGCCUACAGUGGACUUGAAUUGUACCUCGUUCUGAGAGAGGUAUUGUCAGUAUUAAAUGAAUAACAUUUAUUACAAUCUUCAGAUUAGUGAAAAUACUAAAUGAACAUAAUUGGAUCUAGCAAAACAUGGGAUAAACCAACCCACCUCUGCCUUCCACGUCCUAUGUACGAUUAUGUUACUAUACCAAAACCCUGGCCCAAUUUCAUGGCUCUGUUUACCGUAAGCAACGAAUCGGCGAUUAUGGAAGCAGUGUUUAUCACAGAUUAGCACGAAAAUGUUUCUUGGGCGCGUGCGUACUUCACGUUUCACAGGCAUUCUUUGCUUAAACUAGCGCCGAAAUUCAGCAUUUUCACUGUAAGCGAAGAAUGGAGAUCACAAGCACAGAAUUCUGCGGUAAGAAAAGCCAUGAAAUUGGGCCAAGAUCUUGGAGUGUUUGACUGUGGUCUUAGAGCUGCAAACCAGCAUUCUGCCUUCUCUGUCAAAGCUUUUGACAUGAAUACUUCAAAAUAAUACACACACAACUCUUUCAAAUUAAAAGUGCAUGUGGGCUUGAAGUGCAAGUACAAAAUACAUUUAGCGCGUUUUUAUUAAAGAUCUAAUUUAGUUACGGUCAAUAUACUGUUUAAAAAGUAAGUAUAAAUCAUACACUUGUGAAUAAAGUCUAAAGUGUAUACGUUAUCGAAAAGCUGAAGAAGAGAUCGUCGUUUCAUUUCAAGCCGAUUGUCUAAAAUUAAUAAAGUAGGCCGCCAUGUGUUGUUAAGCAAGUGAUGAAUGCUCAAUAUUGAGCCACUUCGCCAAUAAUGUGCAAACUGACAACAGUUUUUAAG